UAAACUUAUGUUUUUAGAGAAUUCCAUCAUGUAUAGGGUAAAAAAUGAUUCUAGGAGUGUUAGGGGGGUCCGAGCAGUUUAUGUUGCUGCCAUUUUCACACUUUUGCUGUUUAUAGUCAUCUUAUUAUGGAUCAGUUUCCCUUUGCGUCCACAUAGUGAAGAAUUGGAAAGGCGGAGGAAACUUAAACUAGACAUGGCUGCGAAUCUACCAGAAAAAGUUGUUACAAAAUUCAACGCUUUGCCAUCAGAAACUGGAGAUCUGAAUUGUCGUAUGUACAGUUGCUUCAAUGUGUAUAAGUGCGAUGGUCAAGCAAAAAAUCAAAAUAAAAUAUCGGUUUAUUUGUAUCCACUCGCGAAGUAUGUGACUGAAACUGGUGAUGAGCUGACGCCCUCUAUUUCAAAGGAAUUUUAUGAACUGUAUACUGCGAUAGCCGACAGUGAAUAUUUCACUGAUGAUCCUAAUAAUGCUUGUCUCUUUAUACCACCCGUGGAUUUACUCAAUCAAAAUAAUUUGAAUGUGAAAGAUGUUGCACAAGUGCUUUCCUCAUUACCUUAUUGGAAUGAAGGAGCAAAUCACAUACUUUUUAAUAUGGUGCCAGGAAGCUACCCAGAAUUCAACACUGUAUUGGAUGUACCACACGAGAAAGUUAUUAUCGCUGGUGGUGGCUUUUCUCAUUGGACUUAUCGUCCCGAAUACGACAUCAGUAUACCAGUGUUCAGUUCUGUCGUAAACAGCAUAGACCUUGCUGAGAAACCUUUGAAUCUUUUUCGUUCAUGGCUACUGAUUUCUUCACAAACUAAUAUACACUCUGAGACUAGAUCCUUCCUGGGAAAGAUUGAGUCUCAAGAACAUGAUGUUCUUGUACUUGAGAAAUGCAGAAAUGUACCUGAAGAUGUUUCAUUACAAUUACGAAGAUGCAAUAGUAAUCAAAUGAAACAUGAAAAAUAUCCAGAGAUCCUACAAGAUGGUGUCUUUUGUCUCAUAUUGAGAAGUGCUCGCCUUGGUCAAUCUACUCUUUCGGAUGUUCUGAAGGCAGGAUGCAUCCCUGUUUUCGCAACCGAUGGUUAUAUCAAACCAUUCUCAGAAGUUGUAGACUGGACUCGUGCUUCGGUUACAGUCCGUUAUGAAGAUUUACCUAAUGUUGUCAAUAUUCUUAGGAAAAUUUCACCAACUGAAGUGAAGUUGAAACAAAAAAGGGUAAAAUGGAUCUGGGACAACUAUUUCAGUUCUAUGUCUGCUAUUGCAUUGACGACACUUCGGGUUAUAAACGACAGAAUAUUUACUCAUAAAGCAUUAAAAUAUGAAGAUUGGAAUGAACCUGUUGGAUCAAAAAGCAUUAAAUCACCUUUGUUUCUACCUUUGAUUUCACCAAAAGAGGACGGUUUUACAGCAAUAGUGCUGGCAUAUGAUCGAAUAGACAGUUUAUAUCAAGUUGUUUCUGCUAUUGAUAAAGUUCCAAGUUUAAAGAAGGUCAUUGUGGUUUGGAACAAUCAAAAGAAACCUCCCCCACCUACAGAAGAAUGGCCUGUUAUCACUCGACCAGUUAAAGUAAUAAGGACGACCUCAAACAAACUCAGUAACAGAUUUUAUCCAUUUGCUGACAUAGAAACAGAAGCCAUACUUGCAAUUGAUGAUGACAUUGUAAUGCUAACUGCUGAUGAGAUAGAAUAUGGAUAUCAGGUUUGGAGAGAGUUUCCUGAUAGAUUGGUAGGUUUUCCACCCAGACUACAUCUGUGGGAUGAAAAUGGCCAUCUCAAGUAUGAAUCGGAAUGGACAAAUGAUGUAUCGAUUGUAUUAACUGGUGCUGCAUUCUAUCAUAAAUACUUCAACUAUUUGUUCUGGAAUAAGAUGCCUGAUGGAAUUCGAGAUUUUGUUGAUGAUCACAUGAAUUGUGAGGAUAUUGCUAUGAAUUUCUUGAUCAGCAAUUAUACAGGAAAAGCUCCGAUCAAAGUAACUCCCAGAAAGAAAUUCAAAUGUUCAGAAUGUCUAACUGGAGGAAGUUUAUCACUUGAACAAUCUCACAUGGUGGAAAGGUCGACCUGCAUGAAUCAUUUCAUGGAAGUAUAUGGAACAUUGCCGUUGAAAACUGUUAAUUUUAGAGCAGAUCCUGUCCUUUACAUGGAUGAAUUUCCUGAUCGAUUAAAAGCAUUUCCAGAUAUGGGUUCCUUGUAACGUACUUCAUUCCAUUAUAUAACUGAAUAGAGCAUUCGUAAAAGCAAAAAAUGCUUGUGGUAUUUAACAGAUCUAAUGAGUAAAAUUUUGAUUUCUUCUCUCGAUUUCUGUGCCAAUGGCUUUGCUUUUAGCAAAGAUCGGGAUCUUCAAAGUGCAUAUCGUAAAUUAUUCAUUUGCGCAAAUUAAGUUACAGUAUAUUAGGUUCAUUCAAGUUUGCAUUUUCACUUUUACAUAGCUAUUUUGAACAUACUAUGUGUUCGACAGUUCUGAAAUAUAAUUUGUACUAAACUUUCUUAGAAAAUUUGGCCGCUCCAGAAGUGUGUGAUAACUAAUUUUGUUCGCCUACUUUACAUCAAGUUGUGUAAAGGGACUGGAAGCUAUGGGCAGGGGGUAUAUUCACUUGGCUAACACAGACAGUCCCCGAACUCGUAACAAAACUAAAAUAAGGAAAAUUGGAAUAAGCCUAACCUGGUACACACACUACGGAAGUACCGAAAAUUGUACUUAUUCUCAUUGAAGCACAUCCCAACCCCUCAGAGAUUUAUUUUUAUUGGACUGGUGUAGAUUCGAACCCAGGGGCCAGGAUCUUAUUCAAUUUUAUCCACUGCCUAUGUUUACUUAAUAUAUCAGCGAAACGGUGCAGAAAUUUCAGUUUGCACUUUUUUUUUUCAUCAUGUUUUAUAUUGUUCAAUGCCAUCAUCAUAUUUUGUUUUAUUGAAUACCAGCAUAUUCGACAAUUGCCUUCCAUGGAGGAUGAACUGAUUGUAUUUUUUCAUGUUCUUUCUUUGAUCUCUUUGUAUUUAUUGGUUACUUUUGUUUUCUGUAGUUUAUAUUUUUAAAAACAGUUAUUAAGUGAGUCGUGAUGCAGUCGUACAGCGGUAUCUGAAUAUCUCCUGAAUUUUGUUCAUCUGUGAAUUUUUUGAAUUAUUCCCUCUAGUAGUAAAAUCCUAAUAUAUGUCCAACCUCAAAAAUUUGACACAAAUAUAUAUUUUGCUACGAUUAUGACAAAAUUCGGACGAGAAAAACAAAUACAGGGUGUCCAAAAAGUUUCGCCCGAUUUCAUAGCAAUACCAAUUGCAAAUUUGAAUAAAUUUUGUUGUAUGAUAAAAUGGACUAUAACAUCCAACAUCUAUAACUUCCAAUUAGAUAAGGCUGACUAUUAAUCUUUUUUAUAAAUAAGAAAAAAUAACAUUUGAUUAUAAAGACUUUAUAAUCGGGCGAAUCUUUUUAAACACCCUGUAAAUUCAUCAAUUUGUAAUGACAGGCUGACUAUUAAUUUUUUUUAUAAUUAAGAAAAAAUAACAUUUGAUUAUAAAGACUUUAUAAUCAGGCGAAUCUUUUUGGACACCCUGUAGAUUCAUCAAUUUGUAAUAUCAAAAAAUCUUCAUUAUCGAUGGUUUCGCGUUUGGUUGAACCCAAUUUUUGAAUGUCCAAAUAACAUACUCUUAUUUGUCAGAGUUAUUGUCUGUUACUAAAAUAGACCAUGGCUGGAUCAUCAAAGAACAUGAACCAGACUUUAAAAGUGGAUGUUCACUUUAUAUGCCUACUUACUGGUAGUUUUUGAUUUUCGUAUGAAUUUCUUCAUUUUAUUUGUAGCUUACUGCAUCAUGUAUUCAGUUUCAUGUUAUAUUAUUUGUUUGGUCUCUUUUUUAUAUUCCAUACAUUAUUAUAGUACCUUUUUUAGUACAAUUUUAUGUGAUUUUCAUUUCUUUGUUGAUUCAAAUAGUGUUCUCUGCUACUCCAAUUGAUUUUGAUCUUCUUAUGUCACCUUCUGGCUAAAUAUUUGACUAUUUCUUUAAAAUAACUUUUCUUAUUGGUCAAUAAUUUCAGCAUUGUUUUGUCAUAAUAGUUGGGUAACGUUUGUACAACUAUGUCUCAUGUUCCUUAUGUAGCAAUUUUGAACUUCACUAUAUUUCUCUGCAUUCGGAUUUUUGUGAUCCACUAUUUUUGGAGAUGCUACUUUUAAAUUUCAGUAUUAUUUGUCGUAAUGUGUAAUGUAGCACUCUCCCUAGCUAGCAAUUUCGAACUUCGAUAUUUUUCUUUGCCCUAGGUUUUUUGUUACUAAUUUCACUCAAAUAUGAGCAUGUAAUUUUCCCCUUUUGUUAAAAUAUUGUUUAUCUGUUAAAAUAUCUGUUUUCCUAAACUCGCUAAGACAAAAGAUUAAACCAUUCCAGGAAUCUUUUUUAUCAAUGAUUAUUUAUGGAAUGGAUAUCUUUGUGCUGGGUUGAAAGUCCCCUCAUAGGGUUGAAUUACCAAGUUUUACUAUGUUACCUUCUAUUAUUUAUUGUAUUCUGAUUGUCUUUUUAUAUAUCAUCAGCAUUAUAUGUACAAUGUUAAGUUCAGCUUUGCCAAGCAAUAAAAUUUGUUGAAGUGUCUA